UGUCCGGGCACCUGGUCUCCCCACGGAGAGACCCACAGCCCCGAGGGGGCCCGGGAGUCCGGCCUCCCCUCUCCCCCGCAUCUCACCCCAGGCUCUCAAAAUAUCUUGUCCCAGAGCGAGCCCCCAACUCCGGGCGCAGGCGUCCCCGGCGGGCCACGUGCGCCCCGCGCCGCGAGGGCGCGUCCCGCCCCGGGGGAGGAGGAGCCGGCCGCCUCCCGACCGCCUGGCCAGAGCGGCGGCCCACGGCUGCGAGCCGGCGUUCCCGGCUUUCCCUCGGCUCUGGGUGGCCCCCGCCCCCGUCUCCGCCCUCCUCUCCCCGGGCUCUUCCCGCCGCCUCGCCCGGCCCGCCCGCCCGUCUGCCUUUCCAGUCUGGCCGGCGGGGGCCGCACGCUCGGCGGCUCAGGCCGUGGGACCGUGGUCACACCCUUUUCAGAAAUUCUUGGCUGGUAAUCGCGAAGCCAACAGGGAGCCAGAGCUGGGAGAACUGGAGAAAACCCGCUCUAAUCUGACUUGAUUCUGGCAGGAAGUGGACCCUACAUCGUACUAACCAGCAUUUGCAGAGCGCUCUCAGAGGCUCUGGGGUGACUCCUCUCAGAGAUUCCUGAAGAACUGAGCCCUUUGCAGGACCCAUGCCCCAGCCUGUGCCCCCAUGACCAGGUGGAUAGCACCCCUCGUGCCUGCGACCCAGAACCCUGGCUGAUCACACUGAAGCAGGAUGCGCCAGCAGGUUAAUGGCCACAGUUCAGGCUCUGAUGCCCACGGCAGGGAAUCCCUCAGGGAAGACCUGCAGGAGUUUCUGGGCAGGGAGGCCCUGCUGCACCAGCUGGAUGAUCUCACCAAGGUGAAUCCUGUGACGCUGGAGACAGUCCUGAGGUGUCUGCAGGCCCGGUACACGGCAGACACGUUCUACACCAACGCUGGCUGCACCCUGGUGGCUCUGAACCCCUUCAAGCCCAUCCCUCAGCUCUACUCACCAGAGCUGAUGCGAGAGUACCACACUGCUCCUCAGCCCCAGAAACUGAGGCCCCACAUCUUCACUGUGGGUGAACAGACCUACAGGAAUGUCAAGAGCCUGAUCGAGCCAGUCAACCAGUCUAUUGUUGUCAGUGGAGAGAGUGGUGCUGGAAAGACAUGGACGUCCCGCUGCCUGAUGAAGUUCUAUGCUGUGGUGGCCGCCUCACCCACGUCCUGGGAAAGCCACAAGAUUGCAGAGAGGAUCGAACAGCGCAUCUUGAACUCCAACCCAGUCAUGGAAGCCUUUGGGAACGCGUGCACACUGAGGAAUGACAACAGUAGCCGCUUUGGGAAGUUCAUCCAGCUCCAGCUGAACAGGGCCCAGCAGAUGACCGGAGCUGCAGUUCAGACCUACCUGCUAGAGAAAACUCGAGUGGCCUGCCAGGCCUCCAGCGAGAGGAACUUCCACAUCUUCUAUCAGAUCUGCAAAGGAGCCAGUGCGGACGAGAGGCUCCAGUGGCACCUCCCCGAGGGAGCUGCCUUCUCCUGGCUGCCCAACCCAGAGAGGACCUUGGAAGAGGAUUGUUUCGAGGUGACCAGGGAGGCCAUGCUUCAUUUGGGCAUCGAUACCCCCACCCAGAACAGCAUCUUUCAGGCCCUCGCUGGACUGCUGCACCUCGGCAACAUCCGGUUUGCUGACUCCGGGAACGAAGCCCAGCCCUGCCAGCUGAUGGAUGGUGCUAAGUGCUCUGUCAGGACAUCUGCCUCGCUGCUACAGCUCCUGGAAGACCCUCUGCUCGAGACACUGCGGAUUCGAACCAUCAGGGCAGGCAGGCAGCAGCAGGUGUUCUGGAAGCCCUGCUCCCGGGCUGAGUGUGACACCCGCAGAGACUGUCUGGCCAAACUGGUCUACGCACGGCUGUUUGACUGGCUGGUAUCGGUGAUCAACAGCAGCAUCUGUGCAGACCCCGACUCCUGGACCACUUUCAUAGGCCUGCUGGACGUGUACGGGUUUGAGUCGUUUCCCGACAACAGUCUGGAGCAGUUGUGCAUCAACUACGCCAACGAGAAGCUGCAGCAGCACUUCGUGGCUCACUACCUCAGGGCUCAGCAGGAGGAGUACGCAGUUGAGGGCCUGGAGUGGUCGUUUGUCAGCUACCAGGACAACCAGACCUGUUUGGAUCUCAUCGAGGGGAGCCCCAUCAGCAUCUGCUCCCUCAUGAACGAGGAAUGCCGCCUUAACCGGCCAAGCAGUGCAGCCCAGCUCCAGACACGCAUUGAGAGCGCCCUGGCGGGCAGCCCCUGCCUGGGCCACGACAAGCUCAGCCGGGAGCCCAGCUUCAUCGUGGUGCAUUACGCGGGGUCCGUGCGGUACUGCACCGCAGGCCUGGUGGAGAAGAACAAGGACCCCAUCCCGCCUGAGCUGACCAAGCUCCUGCAGCAAUCCCAGCACCCCCUGCUCAGGGUGCUGUUUCCUGCUGACCCCGGAGAGAAGUCCCAGGAGGAGCCCUCUGGCCAAAGCAGGGCCCCUGUGUUGACUGUGGUAUCCAAGUUCAAGGCCUCCCUGGAGCAGCUGCUGCAGGUUCUGCACAGCACCACGCCCCACUACGUUCGCUGCAUCAAGCCCAACAGCCAGGGCCGUGCGCAGAUGUUCCGCCAGGAGGAGGUCCUGAGCCAGCUGGAGGCCUGCGGCCUCGUGGAGACCAUCCACAUCAGUGCCGCCGGCUUCCCCAUCCGGGUCUCUCACCAGAAUUUCGUGGAGCGGUAUGAGCUACUGAGGAGGCUCCGUCCUAGCACAGCCCCCAGCCCCCAAGGCCCAUCCCCGGAUGAAGGGCGCUCAGAACGGUCUCCUCCUGUCGAACAGGCCACGCUGCAAGCCCUCCUCCAGGACAUCCUCCAUGCUCUGCCGGCCCUGGCUCAGGCAGCAACCGCACCGGCUGAGGCCACGCCGGCCCGGGUGCACUGUGGCAGGACUAAGGUGUUCAUGACUGACUCCACGCUGGAGCUUCUGGAACACGGGCGUGCCCAGGUGUUGGAGCAGUGUGCCCGCUGCAUCCAGGGCGGCUGGAGGCGACACCGACGCCGCAAGCAGGAGCAGCAGAGGCGGGCCGCCGUGCUCAUCCAGGCAGCCAUUCGUUCCUGGUUGACUCGGAAGCACGUCCAGAGGCUGCACGCGGCUGCCACGGUCAUCAAGCGCGCCUGGCAGGAGUGGAGAAUCAGAAUGGCUUUCCUUGCUUCUAAAGAACUGGAUGGUGAGGAAGAAAAACACCCAUCUCAAGCUCCCUGUUCCCUGAGCUCCUUCCCACUGCCCCUGGCACAGACCAGGCUCCUGGGAGCAAUAACCCGCCUCUGGCCCCUGGGACUGGUCCUGGCCAACGCAGCUGUGGGUGUUCGUGGCUUUCAGAGGAAGCUGGUGGUCUUCGCCUGCCUCCAGCUCCCCGUGGGCAGCGCCAGCAGCUACACCAUCCAGACAGCACAGGAACAAGCUGGAGUCACGUCCAUCCGAGCGCUGCCUCAGGGUUCGAUAAAGUUUCACUGCAGAAAGUCUCCACUGCGCUACGCUGACAUCUGCCCUGAACCUUCGCCCGACAGUGUUACUGGCCUUAAUCAGAUCCUGCUGGAAAGACACAGACUGGGCCACGUGUGAUCUCUCC